CUGGAUUGAUUAUAUGGGUCAUCCAUCCAAAGGGCUCACCGGCGCCGUUGUCGCUGUCUAUAUUGCUGGUGAGGCUCUCGGAGCUCUGACUCAGACUGUUGUGGGCGAUCGACUAGGCCGUCUGAGGUUUAUGCAAGCUCUUUGCGUGGUUGUAACUAUUGGUACUGUGAUACAGACGGCGAGCGUCAACAUUGGCAUGUUCCUUGCUGGUCGAGUUCUGGCUGGCUAUGCUGUCGGGCAAAUCUCUUCGCCACAACACAGAGGCCUCAUUGGAGGUAUAUCCGGCUGCGGCAUCGCUUUCGGGACCAUGGUACGCACAUAUAUCCCCCAAAUAUCACAUCCCAACCAUCUAAACGCACACAACCCAGNNAUGUCCAAUUGGGUCGGCUUUGCCUGCAGCUACGCCUCCUACGGUCCCACACAAUGGCGCCUACCCCUCGGCAUGCAAGUCCCCUGGGGCGUAAUCCUUUUCUGCGGGCUUGCAACAUUCAUGCCCGAUUCCCCUCGCCAAUUGCUGCGUAUCGGCAAAGUCGACGAUGCCAGAAGAGAGUUUCUGAAGAUACGCAGGGAUUUGGGGGGACAAGCUGCGGGUCAAGAGUUUGCGUUGAUGAAGGCGCAGAUUGAGUAUGAGGUUGAGAGGGAAGUCAAGAGUUACAAGGAGAUUUUCCGAUUGUUUAGGCAUCGAGCUUUUACGAUGACUAGUUUGACUGGUGUCAAUGUCAUCCAGAUCCUAGCUCUGGCAGGUGUAUACGGCACUGUGGCAUUCCUCUCAAACGCCAUCACAACCACCUUCCUCACCGAUCAAUGGGGACGUCGAAAAAUGAUACUUACGGGUUUGGCAGGCAUAGUCAUCGUAGAGAUCUAUGCCGCAGUCAUGCAACGCCAAUUCCAAAACACGGAUAAUCAAGUUGGCAAAGGGUUUGCCAUCCUGGGCAUCUACCUUUUCGUCGUGACUUACUCUCUGAGAAGCCGCGUCAUGGGUUUGGCAGCAGCAUCACACUUCAUCGUCAAUGUCGGCAUUACCGAAGCAGGACCUAGUGCCUUUUCUCAUCCUGCUCCCUCUUCUUCUUUAGAAACCAGACGCAAAACAUUGGAAGAAAUCGCCGCUGCAUUCGGCGACAAGGUAGUAACUUUGACGGAGAGGGAACUGGCCAUCGAAGAAACCAUCGCAGAGGACAAGAUUGUGGCGCAGCAUGUCGAGGACGUGUAUGAGGUG